AUGGUGGAUUAUGAGGUAUUACUUGAUGAUUGCGUUGAUUAUAUUUCGGCGGAGAUAUUUAAGGAUCUUCCUAAAACAGCAGUAAGCGCACCAGUUAGUAGUUGUUCACUUGGGGAUGAAAAACUGUUAGAUGGAGAUUGGCCUCCGUUAGAAUCUGUUACAGAUCCUGGGAUAAGGAGAGAUAUGCAGUUAUGCACUUUCAGAAAGAUUCUGUUGGAUAUUAUGAGAUCAAAUGAAGCUGAAGAAGAAAACGAGGUUUGCUUACGAAAACUGGCAGUGACGCUCGAUAGCGUUCAUUACCUUCAAUUAUCUGUAAAAAACAGGGAAACUGAGGGAUGGGCUAAUAUGUGGAUGAAUCUGUAUUUUGAUUUGGCCAAGAGUGUAAUUCAGUUUUUAAAGCUUCCUGAUACGCUGCUGUCUUUUUUUGAUUAUUUUGAGAGUCGACUUCAAUGGUACUUACAAGGCCAAGAAAUAGAUGUAUUCUAUGGUGACAAUAAAUUAUCAUCAGGAAUUAGACUUCCACUUUCAAGAUUUCUGUAUUACUGCAAUGAGUUUACUCGUCAAAUGGAGGUUCAGUCGAAACUGAAUACACCGAUGCACUACAGGGUCCUGAACAAGAUACAGUGGUUUGUAUCUCAGCUGUUACCAAUUAAUGAGAACUGCAACUUCAAUAAGUCCGGAGUAAUAAUGGGACAGCUGCCGGAUUCAAUAUGGGUUGGCAAGUUAGGAAAAAACCUUGGAGGACGUUCUCCUUCAUUAUACACUGAUUGGAACCUAUUCGUCGAAGAGUUCUUACUCGACCCAGUUGGAAUUAUGCUCUUGCCAUUGAGAGAGAGACAAAGCUUUGAAGACUAUACAAACGACAUUGUAGAUUUCAUUAUUGACAAAGAGGCUGCCUACUAUACACAGCGUGCUGAUAUAAAAAAAGAACCUAAUAAUUUUAAAAACGAUAUCCUAGGCCAUGAGUUAGCUGAGAAUUUUGCGAAUUUCUACUUUAAAGGUGGACAGGAUAGUCGUGUUACAAUUUCUGACUCCAAAUCUGGAUUUUGGAAGCGCUUCUCUGAAUUACAAAACUCUAUGGAUAGGUUAAUACAUCCUUUACCUCUUGAGUUAUGCACCAAUGAUGAAAAUGCAUUCAAUACACAAAUGGAAACAAUCCAAUGGGAUACAUACAGAAAAGUUGCUCUUAUGCAGGUAGCAAUUACGUGUAACAUGGUGGAUAUCAUUAUGCGCGAUGAUACUAUAUUCAAACAAUACGUCGCCAGAUACAAGAAUAUUCACUUUGACAAAAGUUUCCCUUCCGAACCAGUCACGCAAUUUAAAAUCUUUUCAGCUACCGCUAAUAGAAUAAAGGAAUUUUAUAAGGAUAAGGAUAGAGAUUUUUAUGAAGUUCUAUGCGAAAUAUUGACUUCCGACGAGACGUAUAUGUCAGCUAAGGUGACAAACAUGUCCAAGUUCAAAGAAUUUAAUUGGAAACUAACUCCCAUAUGGGAUCCACCUUUGUUCAAUUAUAGUUUUAAAAAAUUCGGAUUUAUUAAACUAGGCAAUAAGAAAUUAAAUGAAGUGUGGAAAAUUGAGUCUGGUUUAGAAACAUUGACUGCACUUUCCAAAUCUCAGGAGGACGUUCCAUUUACCACCUAUAGAAAAUUGCAGCAAGAUUACGACAAGUCAACUCUGGAAGAUUUACCACAGAAAGACACUAAAAAGAUUAUGAGAGACUGGCAAUCUCUACGAUCGUUGCGGUCACAGUUCCUCUUUAGUUUUAAUCUCUUCGAUGAAACCACUGGCACUAAUGGACUCUUCAACAAAUCACUCAUUGAUGAUUCCAGGGGGAAAAAAGCUAAAGCAUACAAUGAAGUACUAAAUACAGAGAACAAGAAACAUAAGGCGCUUUUAGAAGCUGCCGAAAACUAUUUUCAACAAAAAUCAUUAUCAGAACUGGAAACCACUGUUAACCCGCUAAAGAGAAAACAUGAAGAUGAUAUAGGAACUGAAAACACUUCAGGUGCUGAAAGUUCCACUAGCAAAAGGAUUCAUAUGGAUAAAGGCUCUACCAUUUCCGAUUUCGAUGCCAUUUAUGAUGACAAUAAAACCAGCCCAGAUGAACCACGGGAGAUAGGAGUCGUACAAAUUGAAAACCCAGAUAUAGAGUCACAUACAGAGGAAUCGAAAUAUCCUGAAAAAUAUGGUAAAAAUGAAAUCGAAAAUGACGAGGAGGAAGAAGCAGUUCCUGAAGUUUAA